AUGUACGGACAAAACCCUCGCGAGGACGUUGCUGUUGUGGCAAGCCACAACGAAGCGGAACGGUUUUGGACAUCGAUUGCCACAACAACGUCCGCCCACUACUCGCAAAUACGCGGGCAACGCCGGGCAGACGAGGCAGAACACACACCUAGCCCGCAACUAGCUCUCCCGCAUGGAUUCAUGGACUCAGCCGUCGACUCCGAAGUCCCAAGUGCUGGCAGUGGGCUCUUGUCAGGCGGAGCGAGCGACCGGCGCCCUGACACGCGCACCCCUCGGCCCUCAGAGACGAACGGCUCGUCGCCACUAAACGGCGGAAAUGCGGCCGACGUACCUGACCAUCAUGCGAGCGAGGACUCUAUCGAGCCCUGGCUGCCGGAGACGAGCACCCCGGCGUCCGCGACCGCUCCGCCGCCAUACUGGUCGCGCAGCAGCAGCAGCAACCCCCACCGCCGGUCCCCCUCGAACAUUUCCAACAUAUCCACGGAGUCUUCUUUCCCUGCCGGAGCUAUCACCAUGCGCGACAACGAGGCUAGCGACCAAGACGAGCGCAACAAGGCGUGCUGGGCGAAAAGCGUCGAGAUCACCGACUACGUUGUCGUCAACGGUAGCACAACGGGAAUCGGCGCCUUCGUCGUCUGGAAUGGUAGUUUCAUGAACAUCCGAAAGCGAUAUUCUGAGUUCGACGAGCUUAGACAUCGACUUGUGAUGACGUUCCCGAACUUUUCUGCCGCCGUACCUCCUUUACCGCCCAAAAGUGUCAUAUCCAAGUUCAGGCCAAAAUUCCUCGACAAAAGGCGACAAGGCCUUCAGUACUUUUUAAAUUGUAUCAUGCUGAAUCCCGAAUUUUCUGGGUCACCAGUACUCAAGGAAUUUCUAUUCUCGUAA